UAACAACCCACUAAUUUCUUACGAUCUGCUCUAUGCCUAAUUUGCACCCAAUUUUGCUCUGCACUUAUCAUCUUCUUCCCACCAUUUGAUGGAGAACUGCCUAACUUCGAAAUCUCAUCUGCAGGCUUCUCCCACGUUCUUUCCCUACAAAGUAUCAUCUUUUUCAUGUAAAUAAUGCUCCAGUACCGUCUCUUUCAGAAUCUCAUUUGCAGCCUAACUUCAAAAUCUCAUAGCGUUGGAGCAGUGUUCAAUUGAUAUCAUUUGAAGAAACGUGCCAGUGAUCCCAAAGUAAUAACGUUUUUAGCAUUUGCCAAAAUGUCUUCUGUUACACACGUCGUUUCUGGUGUUAACUUGAGCACACAAGUUAAGGCAGCUACCCUUUGGAGCUUACCCAUAUCAUUUGGAGCCAGCUAUUCAAUGGGCUCUAAGUUGAGGUUUCCAGCUAGCAACAAUGGUGUUAUGACCAGAUCUGGGAGGGAGUUUGGCCGUUUGAAGGUAGUUUGCGUGGACUAUCCCCGGCCAGAGCUUGAUAAUAGUGUAAACUUUGUCGAAGCUGCUUACUUGUCAUCUUCGUUUCGUUCUGCUCCUCGACCAACCAAACCAUUGGAGGUUGUUAUUGCUGGUGCAGGUUUGGCUGGGUUAUCUACUGCAAAAUAUUUAGCAGAUGCUGGUCACAAACCAAUACUAUUGGAAGCACGCGAUGUGCUAGGUGGUAAGGUAGCUGCAUGGAAAGACGAUGAUGGGGACUGGUACGAGACUGGCUUACAUAUAUUCUUUGGGGCCUACCCAAAUAUACAGAACCUGUUUGGAGAACUUGGCAUCAAUGAUCGCUUGCAGUGGAAGGAACACUCUAUGAUAUUUGCAAUGCCCAGCAAACCAGGGGAGUUCAGCCGCUUUGAUUUCCUGGAAGCCUUACCAUCUCCACUUAAUGGGAUAUGGGCCAUCCUAAAGAACAAUGAGAUGCUGACGUGGUCUGAGAAAGUGAAGUUUGCUAUUGGCCUUUUGCCAGCAAUGCUUGGUGGACAGUCUUAUGUUGAAGCUCAAGAUGGGGUAUCUGUUGAGGAGUGGAUGAGAAAGCGGGGGAUACCAGACAGGGUCACUGAUGAAGUGUUCAUUGCCAUGUCAAAGGCACUCAAUUUCAUUAAUCCUGAUGAAUUGUCCAUGCAGUGCAUAUUGAUUGCUUUGAACAGAUUUCUUCAGGAGAAACAUGGUUCAAAAAUGGCAUUUUUAGAUGGAAAUCCACCUGAAAGACUCUGCUUGCCGAUUGUUGAACAUAUUGAGUCACGUGGUGGGCAAGUUCGACUUAGUUCACGUAUAAAGAAGGUUCAGUUGAAUAAAGAUGGAAGUGUGAAUAGUUUUCUUUUAAAUAAUGGAGCCAUUGUUCAUGGAGAUGCUUUUGUGUUUGCUACGCCAGUUGAUAUCCUGAAGCUUCUUUUACCUGAGGACUGGAAAGAGAUCCCAUAUUUCAAAAGGUUGGAGAAGCUUGUUGGUGUUCCCGUAAUAAAUGUCCAUAUAUGGUUUGACAGAAAACUGAAGAACACAUAUGAUCAUCUCCUUUUCAGCAGAAGUGAACUUCUCAGUGUGUAUGCUGACAUGUCGGUGACAUGCAAGGAAUACUAUAAUCCAAAUCAGUCUAUGUUGGAAUUGGUGUUUGCCCCUGCAGAGGAAUGGAUCUCGCGGAGCGACUCCGAAAUUAUAGAUGCCACAAUGCAGGAACUAUCCAAAUUGUUUCCUGAUGAGAUUUCAGCUGAUCAGAGCAAAGCAAAAAUAGUGAAGUACCAUGUUGUCAAAACUCCAAGGUCGGUGUACAAAACAGUGCCGGGAUGCGAGCCAUGUCGUCCCUUGCAGAAGUCGCCUAUCUCUGGUUUCUACUUGGCAGGCGACUACACGAAACAGAAGUAUUUGGCUUCAAUGGAAGGCGCUGUUCUAUCUGGGAAGCUAUGUGCCCAAGCAAUUGUCAAGGAUUACGAGUCGCUUCUUGCUCGACGGCUGGCCAAUGAAAGUGCAAACAUCAGCUGAAGAGGACACUUGAAUCACCUGUUGGUUGUGUCAAUUGAUAGCUUUGUUUGUACUUUGUAUACAGAAAAGAAACAAUAUUACAACACAAGUCAUUUUUCUACAUGACACUACUAAAGUUAAUCCACAUGGGUCUUUUGACACCACUCCUUGAUGUCAAAACAUGACAUCAGGAUCCUA